AUGUCUUUUAGGAGCAUCUUACAAGACAUGAAAGAUGUAAAGUAUAGUUUUAGAUCAAGGUCCCAAAGAGUGGUCCAUGAUAAUUUGGUGGUGGUUGAUGCUAUGGAGCAGAGUUGUUGGGCUAACAUGCCGCCGGAGCUCUUGAGAGAAGUGCUUGUAAGAAUUGAGGCAUCUGAGUGUACUUGGCCUCCAAGGAGAAAUGUCGUUGCGUGUGCCGGUGUGUGCAGGAGUUGGAGGGAUGCUAUGAAGGAUAUUGUCAAAACACCGGAGAUUUCGGGCAAGCUGACGUUCCCCAUAUCUGUGAAGCAGCCUGGAUCAAGAGACACUCUUAUUCAGUGUUACAUUAAGAGACAUCGUGGCAGCCAGACAUAUUAUUUAUUCGUUAGCUCAAGCUCAGCUUCAUAUGACGAUGGCAAGUGCAUUCUUGCUGCAAGGAAGUGUAGACGCCCGACUUGCACAGACUACAUCAUUUCCCUGAAUCCUGAAUACGUCUCCAAGGGAAGUAGUGCCUAUGUUGGGAAAUUAAGAUCCAAUUUUUUGGGCACAAAGUUUACAAUCUACGAUGCACAACCCUCAAAUGCUGGAGCUAGAAUCAUAAGAAGUCACUCUACUAGACUAGUGGGAUCAAAGCAGGUUGCACCCAGGGCUCCUGCAGGCAACUAUCCUGUGGCACACAUCUCUUAUGAGCUGAAUGUCUUGGGCGCUAGGGGUCCGAGGAAGAUGCAGUGUGUCAUGGAUAGUAUACCUGCUUCUGCUAUCAAACCUGGAGGACUGGCCCCCACACAGACUGAAUUUCUGGUCAAUAAUGUGGAUUCUUUUCCUUCAAUCCCCUUUUUUAGGUCAAAAUCUAUUAGGGUGGACAAUUGCUUGUCUGAUGCUGCUCCCAAUCAGCAAGAGGGAAGGUUAAACCUGAGAAACAAGGCCCCUAGGUGGCAUGAACAACUUCAGUGUUGGUGCCUUAACUUCAAUGGUCGUGUAACUGUUGCUUCUGUCAAGAACUUUCAACUGGUUGCUUCCCUAGAGGAUGGAUCUGAGCAUGAAAGUGUUAUUCUUCAAUUUGGAAAAGUCGGAAAGGAUGUAUUCACCAUGGAUUAUCACUACCCAAUUUCCGCUUUCCAGGCUUUUGCCAUUUGUCUGAGCAGCUUUGACACCAAGAUUGCUUGUGAAUGAUAUGCAUUUGAGCCUUUGAGGUAAUUUAACAUGUGUGUGAAAGGGUGAAGCUGUUGCACUUAUCGGCAUGUGGAUGUUGGUGAGGAAGAUUCUAGUUUGUUGGGCAGCGACUUCGCUACUGUGUGAUUAGUUAGUUCAUUUACUGUCAACUCUAAUUUUCGCAUCGUGUACAUAUAAUUUGAAGUCUGUGUUAAAAGACAGGCUUUAGCUUACUUGACUGUUUGUUGGCUGUGCGCUUUUCUUUCCUUUUUGUGUUUUCUGUUCGGGGUGAGAAGGUGUGCUGAAACUCACCUGCCGGAGGAUUUGUCGCCUUUGUCAACAUUAAUUGUCUUGCUGUAAUGUUAGAUUAGCGAGGUUUGUUGUAUGGUUUCUGUUUCAGGAGUU